AUGCAUUACGCUUUCUCUCAAGACGAAAACGGUGAUACCACAAUCAAUGGUAUUUUCAAGAAUGGACUCAUAAAUCCUCCAUAUCAAUUUGACAUUACUGAUAUGUGUGGAAAUGUUAUUAGAAAUAUCACCAAAAUUUUGAAUGUUAAUAAUGGAACCAAACCUUUUAAUGCAAAGAUUAAAAACCUUAACCUUAAUUGUGAUAAAAAUAGGAUUCUGUUCGCUAAUUGUAGUGGUCCAUAUCAUUUAAAAAAGCGAGAUGUGGAUUCACAGAUGAGCAUUACUGAUGGUGAAUUUCCAUCUGAUAAUGAUCAAGCAAACUAG